AUGAAGGUGGGGGCCUAUCAAACUUCUUUGCUCGCACUUGCAAGCUUGCGAUCUAUUUUUGCCUUGCCUGUCUUGGAAAGAGAUAGACCAUACAGGCACCCAAUAGCACGUAUACCUAUCUCUUCUGCACUUACGACUACCCCUGGAAUUACACCAAAUCUCCAUAUUCUUGAUAAAGCCAACUUGCUGAGUGAGGGCACUGUUGUACCAGGCUUAGUUGGUCCGGAUCUCAACCCAACCCCAGCAAGGCGCCAAAAGCGUAGUGUGAUUGGGGGUGAGAGUCGCUAUCUGCAGACGAAGACCGGAAAUCCUUGGGACUACGUGGGACGCCUCGAAUGGGCAGUCGGAACCUCAGGUUACCGCUGCAGCGGCGCUCUCGUCGGUCCUCGCCAUCUUGCUACGGCGCGCCACUGCUUCAACACGACGAAUACGGCCAUCACGUACACGUUCCGUCCGAACUAUAACCAAGGCGCCAAUGGCUACACGGCCGCUCAAGUUACCAACAUCCUUUACGUCUCCGGGAGCCUGACAGAUACCUGCACUUAUGGUGAUGAUUGGGCUGUCAUGAUUCUCAACCAACGGCUUGGUGACAAGUAUGGAUACUUUGGCGCCAAGCAGUUCACGGGCACAACAGCCACAUUCUGGCACGAAGGUUAUCCCUACGAUCUGGGCAACUCAGAACGCCCGUAUGUUGAACAGAGCAUAAGCGGGAAGAACGUCUCAACAUGCAACAGCGGCACUACAGGUCCCAUACUCACAAAAGCUGAUGCUUCAGAUGGACAGUCUGGAGGUCCGCUCUGGUUACUUCCCGAGGCUGACGGGGUGCGGUACACGUACGGAGUGUUGUCUGCUGGGUCUACCACAGACACAUUGUUUGCAGGAAGAACUGCCUUUGUGAACGCCGUCGCGCAGGCGAGGUCUCAGUACCCUUGAGUCGAUGAUUAUAGUAAGGGAUGUAUGUAGCGGUGAUAUAAGGCGC